AUGGCGGCUGCAGCUGGGCGAGUUGAUGAACUUGUAAAAGAUUAUUUAUUAUUCAGAGGAUGCACAGCGUCUCUAAGAAAUUUUGAGUAUGAACUGAAAACAGACAAAGACAAAGGCUUGCGGGCUGACAGAAUUUUGGAGCAGUUUCAGCACUAUGUAGGAAAUUACAACCUCCAUAGUCUCAGAGAUUUCUGGGCUCAUCUUAACAGUCGGCUCUUCUGUCGCUUAGAACAACGGUAUAUUCAAAGCGUACGAAAGUUAGAAGUGGGGCUUUUGAAGCUUUACAUCGUUAAUGCAGCCCAUAACAACAGAGCGGAUAAAGUGACCGAAUUUUUCGAGAAAAUGACCAACGAUUUGCACCAGGUUCCAGAAUUUAAGGAAUGGUUUUGUUUCCCGUUCAUCAGAAACCCGGAAGAAAACAGUCACUUUUCAAUGUAUUUCACCAAACAAUGGCAGGAUAUGUUUUAUUUGUCCCUUUUCAAUUUUCUUAGUGUGAUUAUAAAUGUAAUGCCAGCACCUAUUCUAUUGAAUUUUGAUAUUGAACAUAAGAGAAUGAAAAACUUGCAGGAGGAAAAUGACAUGUUGAAAACACAGCUCCUCUCAGCAGACAAAGCUCCAGUUCUAAAAACGCCUAAUAUCAGAGAAAAGGAGGUCAUUAGGAGAGGUGCAAAUUCCGUAGAACUGCAAUAUGACUUUAGUGAACUUGGUGACGAUACUUUGGAGAUACAGAAACAGCAGAAAACUGGUCGAAAAUUUCCUUUCUCAGCAUCACCGCUACUCAAUAAAAAGCCAAAUUUUCUCUCAUCAAAUAAUAAUAAAAGCCCAACAAAGUCACAGAGCAAAGCAAAAGCAGCUAAACCACAAUCUGUAAACAUACAAAAGAAACAAGGAAACUCAGGGUCACCGUCCAAUCAAGGUCAUCCAGAGUUCACCAAUAGGUCACUCAGUAGUGGUGGAGCCAUUCAGAAAGUUGGUCAUCCCGACACCACUGCAAGAUCAUUGAGUUUACAGGGAAAACCUGCUGCCUCUGAAACUUCAAGACACAAAACAGUGCCAUACCAAGGGAAACAAACUAGUAUUACAAAAGCUGAUGAUUCUGCUGCAGCUGAUAAUGUACCUGGACCAAAACAAGAAAAUCCUGACCAAGACAAGACUUCAAAAAUUCAAGGAGAGUCCUCAGGGGAAGCAACUGUAAACCCGAAGUCAAACUUUGUGAACAGUGAAACUGCAGAAGAUUUAACACCAGUGAAUGAUAACAAUAACUUUACCGGGAUCACAAAGAAUCAAGGUGUAAUUGAUAAGUCUGAUUAUCUACAAGAAGGCCAGGGUCCCUUUCUCCUCCUUAGUCAAGAAGACUACAAAGAGCACCACUCAGCGGUAUCUUAUGCUCGAUUCAGCAAUAUGGGUCAGUAUGCAGCCAGUGUGGACAUCGAUGGAAUUGUCAAAAUUUGGUCAUGGAGCCCACAACCCCAAACCUGUGCCACAGUUAUGUCAAAGUCUGCAUUUCUUUCACUGGAUUGGGCAAGCAAGCAGGAUCGCUGGCUACUUCUGGGUAAUCGCUCAGGCAAUGUCAGACUGUUUGAUGUCAAAGAGAUGAAAUCAUUUUACGAAGCAUCAGCCGAUUCCAGUUAUCCUCGAAUCGUGAGUCUGAGUUCUAGUCCCUCCAGUGGAGCGUUUAUUUGUUCUGCCACUGUCAACAGGGCUCGUUCGAGCUCUGGGAGUGACCUUGGGGCAACAUCCUCCGUAGCUCGAGUUGGAAAACUGACACUUUGGGAGCUUCGCAGCAUGAAACAGACAAAGCACCUAGAGAUACAGCCAGGCCCUGUGGCCAUCAACUGCUGCUCAUUCAACCACAAUGGUCAUCUCCUGUUGACUGGGGGAGUGGAUGGAGCUAUUCGACUUUUUGACAUGCAGCAACACAAAGUGAUCUCACAAUGGGAGGCCCACUCAGGGGAAAUACAGAACCUUCAGUUCAGUUCUGAUGAGACGAGCUGUUACAGCAUAGGCACAGACGGAAGGCUGAUACAAUGGAGUAUGCACAAGCCUGGAGUCCAGAAUGACCUGCCUAUCCAUAGUGGUGCCUCCCUUCCAUACCUGUCUGGCCUGCCAGGGGGACUGAAAGAAACGCCCCGGGGUCAGAUCUUCUCCUUGGAUGCAGAGGGAGAAUACAUGUUGACCUGUGAUAAGACCAAAGGAAGCAUGUACCGAGUCAAGGACAAAUCACUGACCCAUGUCAUGAAUAUUCAGGGUCAUGGGUCAUUUCUCACCACGGUUGAUUGGUCACCUAAUAUGGACACAAAGGUUUGCUUGACAGGAUCCAUGGAUGGAACUAUCAAAAUAUCAACUCUCUUAUCUACACACAUGUAAAGUCAAGUUAAAACUAAGACUAAUGUAUUUAUUUAAAUUUUUAAAUUAAAUUAUUAAAUUUUUUACUCGAAUCAUUCCUUGUCAUGGUUAAUUUUAGUCUGUUGAAAGAAGAGAAUGUAGAAAUACUGAAGAUGUAUUUUGCCAGUGAUAAAUACGUUUUCCUGAGAAAAUAUUUUUAGGCUCAGAUAUGCACCAAGCUAUGUUAACUCUUUCAUUUAUCUAUUUAUUUUUUGGGACCACCACUCUUUACAUAUUGUUGUAUAUUACAUAAUUAUAUACAAGCAUGAUUUUUUUCCUUUAUUCGCAUUCUUUUUCCAAAGUACAUACUUGUCAUGUUUUACUAGACCAUUUUCUGUCUGUUGAAUAAUGCUAAUCAUGAUAUUAACGGGUGUUUUUUUUUAAACAGGUGAAAUACAGUAUUACAUGUAUUACAUAUGUACAGUUUUCAUUAUAGAGUACUAUGUCACUGGGUAAUUUAUUUCUUGCAGAUAAAUGUAUAUUUUUUUUCUAUUAAAUGGCAUAGCAUUAUGGGUACAUGUAUGUACUGCCAUAAUCUAUAGAAUGAUAUACAGUAAAACUUGUCUUGUUGGGAUGUUUUUUAACCUGAAGUCUAGCUACAUGUAAGUGCUAUGUAAACUUCAAGUCCUUUUCAGUAAAUUCAGUUAUGAACAAUUUCAUCUCUGGAAUGUUAUCUGUAAUCCAGAUGGUAGAAACCAGUGGUGUCCCAAUGAAAUGAGAUUUUUUUCAUUCGAUCAGUACAUGGACUUCAUGAUCAAUACAUGAUUAUCUUAUGGGCUACAUAUUUCUAGAUUCAAUUAGCAUCUAGAAUUUGGGUAGGACUGGAUCCAAGUUCUGAUCUGACUCAUUCCAUUUGUCCCUGUUGCAAAGGAUUAUGUAAACAAUUCCUCACAAAAAAAUAGAAUACUAGUAUUGUGCAAUUAAAAUAUUUUUAUAUUGAGCUGACCAAUAGUUCAUCACCAAGAGAAACAGUAAAUGUCCAUUCUGUUAGUAAUGUCAACAAACAAAUUAGUGCAGAUGUACUUUCAUAUCUCAAUAUCUAGAAUACGAUUGAAUUUUCAAACUGAAUUAGAGGUCUUGCCCACUUUUUCUGUAUUAACCUUGUUGGCCUUACUAAGUUCAAGAUAAUCAGGUCUGACUGUAUAACAGAUGGUGGAUGAUGAAGAUUUAAUCCUUUUUAAGUGGUGGAUCUGUUUUGAGUGGAAUCGGUAAUGGACGCAGUCAUAAAAUGUGCAAUACUAGAGUAUAAAUGGAAUUACUUAUUAGUUGUUAUGGCAAUAAGUAGUAUAUGGUAUUGUUGUUGUGUGAAUUGCUACAGAUAAUGUAUUUUGCCUUUUAAAAGUGCAUUUUCAUAGUUUAUUGUAAGAAGAUUACAUUGUAUGUUGUUCUGAUUGAAGUUUUUGAUUGAUAAUUUUAGCAUGUAAAAAGGAAUUUGUUGAUGGAUAUAAUGUUAUUUUAAGACUUUGUCUCACAAAAGGGAUAGAAGCUGUACAGAGUAUAUGUAUUCAACUUUACAGCAGUCUCUACUUGUACAAAAUAAUAGUGGUAAAUGACAAUAGGGUACUUAUGCUCCCACUUACUGUAUUAUGGGCUAUCCAGCAGCCCUCAAAUUCUUUAAAAAUUUCAAUUUUUUUAGUUGUGCUUUAUAUUUUCCUUAAAAUAAUUUUGAAUUCAAGAGGGAAAUCAAAAAAAACUUGAUUCGUGUUUAUUCCUAUUCUUUUAACAAUUUCGAAAAUGGUGCAGAGCAAACAUGGAUCUCAAAAAACCAGAGGUGGGAUCAUCAGGUGCCAUGGAGGAGUAAGCAUUCCCUGUUGUCUGGUCAAACUUGUCAUGUGACUUUUGUUGUGAUCAAGUAAAACAAAAUGCUGACAAUUUAUUGUUAAAUUAAACAGGACUUUUCGAGACACUUUUCCUGUACUGAAUUGUGACUUAAUGUAAAACCUGCAAAGGUAAAUCAAUUAAAUUGUCUGAAUUUCUCAGAAUUGAUUAUAAAAUUCCUAACUUGUUGUAAAUUAAGCUAAAAUUUUUCUAUUUUAUCUCUGAAUCUACACUUAAUUUUUGUGAUGCAUUUUGCUGGACAGCCUGAUAUUACAGAGAUGAAAUAUUUUAAUUUAUAUAUACCAAGUAGUACUUACUUAUUUGAAUAUGUAAAAAAUUAAGACAUUUUUCAUAUCAAUGUAAAAUGUCUGAAAAUUGACUCAAAGCCAAAACCAAAGCAGCUGUAGCAAGUGCAUUUAUCAAACAAGCACAUGUUUUUUGUUUUAUUUAUUUAUGAUCAGUUGUCAUGUAAAUUAUUUAUUUGGUAAUAAUGUAAAGUAAAUUAUUUAUUUGGUAAUAAAUAUCACAAAUUGAUUAUACAU